ACAUUCACUCUAUGGAAUUCGUUGUUUUGUGUCGACGUAGUGUACACUUCGCCGAUACUUAACCAAAAAGCUUGCAAUGGCUAAUGAAUUAUUGAGUUCGUUAGUGUAUAAGUAUUUAGAAAGCGUGGAUGGAAAAAUUGCCGGAGAGUUUAAAGCACGCACUAAAGCAAAAAAAUUGCCCAAGACUUCUGUGAGUUUGGAACAAAUAAUUGGAGAUUAUGCCAAAAAGUCCCCAACAAAGCUUGGGGUUUCAGUUAAUCCAGCAACAGGCAAUAAAGGAGAUUCUGACAGUAGUAGCUCUUCAGAGGACUCUGACGAUGCUUCGAACUCCAAGCUAAACUUAACGUCUAAGAACGCAGCAGCAGUACAAAAUGGGACAGUGAAAAAUAAACAAGGAGCCAUCGUCAUCGCCGGGAAAAAGAAGGCUGACUCCAGUUCAAGCGACAGUGAAAGUGAUGAUGCUGUUCCAAAAAAGUCUGUCGUGGUACAGAAGCCCCUGGCAGCAGCUGCUAUUAAAGCAGCAGCCACUCCUAAACCCAAAGCAGCAGCUGCUGCCCCCAAAUCAGCAGCCACCGUGAAAGCACCAGCCAAGCAGUCAUCGAGCGAUGAUUCUUCGUCAGAAGAGUCGGAGGAGGAAACUGCACCUAAGGCAAAGCCUCAACCGGCGGCAGUGGUUGCUGCUAAACCAGCAACCUCAACAAAAAAACAAGAAUCUUCUAGUUCGUUGAGCGACAGUGAAAGUGAAGAUGAUGCCGCAAAGACGCAGGCAGCCUCACAGAAGAUUUUGGCAGCGGUAGGAGCUAAGAAAAGUGCACCACCUGUAAAAGCAGCCAAACAGUCGUCGUCCGAUGACAGUUCAUCCGAAGAGGAAGAAGAGCAAGCUGUGAAAACCCCAGUGCCUGCAGCAAAGAGAGCAGUGGUACCUGCGAAGACCACUCUGUCUGCAAAGAAGCAGGACUCAUCCAGUGAUUCGUCAAGCGAUAGUGAUGAAGCUCCCUCGAAAAAACCUGCAUCGACACAGAAGACCGCAGCUGUGGCUGGAGCAAAGAAAGCUGUGGGCAAGGCACCUCCUUUGAAACCAGCGAAACCACCUUCGUCCAGUGACGACACCUCUUCAGAGGAGGAGGAAGUGGCGGUGUCCAAACCCCAGUCCGCAUCUAAGAAAGCUGGCGCCAUAACUGCAUUGACAGCAGCUACAAAGACAGCAGCUGCAAAGAAGAAAGAUUCCUCUGACUCUUCCAGUGAUAGCGAUGAAGCUCCCCCAAAAGCACCGGUACCUGCACAGAAGACCCCUGCAGCGGCUCCAGCCAACAAGGCUGCACCACCUCUGAAAAAAACGAAGCAGUCUUCGUCCAGCGACGACAGUUCAUCAGAAGAGGAAGAGGUGUCCAAACCUCGGCCCGUGGCACAGAAAGCAGCCACUCCUGCUGCGAAGAAACCUGCCGCACCGGUGGGGAAACAAGCUGUUUCUUCCAAGCCACUGGCAAAGAAGAAGGAUUCCUCGAGCUCUUCCAGUGACAGCAGUAGUGACGAAGCUCCCCCAAAAGCACCGGUACCUGCACAGAAGACCCCUGCAGCGGCUCCAGCCAACAAGGCUGCACCACCUCUGAAAAAAACGAAGCAGUCUUCGUCCAGCGACGACAGUUCAUCAGAAGAGGAAGAGGUGUCCAAACCUCGGCCCGUGGCACAGAAAGCACCCAUUCCUGCCGCGAAGAAACCUGCCGCUCCGGUGUGGAAACAAGCUGUUUCUUCCACGCCGCUGGCAAAGAAGAAGGAUUCAUCUAGCUCAUCCAGUGAGAGUAGUAGUGAUGAAGAAGCGGCAAGUAAAACCACUACACUUGUACAGACCAAGGCGAGCCUGGCUGCUGCAAACAAGAAACCAAAAUCAAGUUCUUCUUCUAGCUCAUCAGAAGAAGAUACGAGUAAGAAGGUUGUGGCUAAGCAAACAGUUGAAGUGUCACAACCUGGGAAAAGAAAAGCAUCUUCGUCUUCGUCAUCAGAUAGUGAAGACACGUCCAAGGCAGUAGUUAAAAAGAAACCUAUCACUGCUAUGAAUGGCCCUGGGUCAAAGCCUGCUAAGGUUGCAAACAAUAAUGUGUCUUCAAGCAGUGACACUGAUUCAGAUGAAGAAGAUACAGAACAAAAGAGUAAAACGCCUGCAAAACUGAAUGUUUCCCAAGUUCCCAACUCUGCGAAGAGAAAAAGAGAAGACAAUGAAUCUUCACCAUGCCCACCGAAGAAAAAGCCAAUGUACUCUAAUUUUGUUCCUGCUGGAACACUUAGUCAAGAGAAGGCUAGCUUUCCUUCACAGAGGCAGGAUCAGAAACGCAAGAGUGAACCUUUCAGAAGAGUGCGGGAUGAAGAUUUUCAGAAUGAUAUAAAAGUCAGGAAUAGUUUUGAAAAUUUGAAAGGGAGUGGUGCAGCUUGGGGCCAGAAGGCAUAUAAUGACCUCAGAGACACAAAGGGUAAAUCUUUCAGGCAUGAAAAAACAAAGAAAAAGCGGGGAUCCUAUGCUGGUGGACAAAUCUCAACUACUGUCAGUUCUCAUAAGUUUGAAGAUUAAAUUAUUCUAUUAUUUCUGCUAGUCAAGACAAAAUGCCUAAAGGAGCAAUUUUUGAAGAAAAGGCAAAAUGUUGCAUCGGAAACGUGUUAAAAGUGCUUAAUGCUACUCCAUGCGACCACCAUGAUAAUAACUUCACAAUCUGUGCUGCCACAAAAAUAUACCACCUGCAUAUUGGGCACUUCCAGAGAAUUGAAUUCAUUUGAGUUCAGAGAAAAACUGAUUUCAGCCGUACAAAUGGCAAGUGAAAGGGUAUUUUUGAUGACUGGAAACAAAAGUAUUUUCGUAAGUGACAGCUUUCUGAAUGAACAUUUUGAAGAACUAGUGAUGCUAGGUCAGUUGAUACCAAGGUCAGUUGGUACCAGUGUAUAAAAAUUUUCAUUGAACAAUUAGCUUGUGUUUACUUGAAUUUAUUGACGUGCAUUUUACACUAAAUUAUUGAAUGUUUUAGAAAUAAAAAAAAUAUAUUUUGUACAUACAUCUGA